GCUCACAUCUCUCUCUCUCUCUCUCUCUCUCUCUCUCUCUCUCUCUCUCUCUCUCUCUGUGUGUGUGUGCGCGCGCGCGCGCUCUGAGAUGCCAUUGCCGUCGCUCCAUCUACAUACAUAAGCAGUUCAUCAGGGAAGAGGAUCCAGAUCACAAGCUUGCAACAGAUCAUUGCUAUUGCCCGUUCAGUUCCAUCAGCAUCAAAGCCGGCGGUUUUCACUCCAGAGUCGUGUGCCGGCCGGCGGCUUGCCGUGGCAGCCAUGGAGGUGGGCAUCGAGGCGGCGCGUUGGGUGGUCGGAAGGGCCCUGGGAACCGCCUCGGGCGGGGUGCUGGAGGCCUGGGCGGCGAGCUCCGAGCUCGGCCCCAACAUCCGGGCUCUCAGGAUGGAGCUGCUCUACGCGCAGGGGAUGCUCAACAGCGCCCGCAGCCGCGGCUACGGCGACGGCCCGGAGAUCCAGAACCCGGCCCUGGGGGAACUGCUCCGGGAGCUCCGGGACCAGGCGUUCCAGGCGGACGACGUGCUGGACGAGCUCGACUACUUCCGCAUCCAGGACGAGCUCGACGGCACCUACCAUGCGGCGGACGAGCAUGGCGGGGGCUGCCUCCGCACCCACGCUCUGAAUGCCCGCCACACCGCCAGAAACAUCAGGAAGAUGCUUGGCUUCUCCAACUGCUCCCGCGGCUCCGCUGACCACGAUGAGCCAGAUGAAGAUGAUACAAGCGGCAGAGGAGUCAAGUGUGGAGCUUGUCCAUGCCUUGGGCCCAAAACAACUCCAGAUGAUGAUGAGCAAGAAGAAGAUGCAGGCGGCCGAGGAGCUCUCUGUGAAGCUGUCUGGCCCUGUGGAAGGGCCACCCCGGCGCUGCCAAGGCCACCGCCGACCAACCAGAGCGACCAGGCGGUUCACGCUGGCUGCAUGGCUAGGAUUGCCUCCGCUGCCUCUGACAUCAUCAACACUGUCGGUAAACGCCUUCCAUGCUACCCUGACAACUCCAAUGCUGCAUCGCCUGGACGUCGAUUCCUCUGCUGUGCCCGUCCCAACAAGGCACCACAGAGUGAGCACGUCGUGCAGGCACCAGAACUCAAGUUCGAUAGGGUUGAGAUGUCUCGAAAGAUGAAGGUGAUUGUAGAGCAGUUGAAGCCACUAUGUGCCAAGGUAUCAGCCAUUCUUAACAUAGAAUUGCUGGACUCUAGCCGUAGCAUUGUCCAAUGCAUUGGUACCAGCCUCGACACAUGGUUCUCAAAGGGACAGUGGCCCGCACCCUCACAUAGAAAUGCUAUGAUGAGCCGACCCAUAACAACUCCAGAAUUUAGAGAACCUGAACUUUAUGGGAGGGAGCACGAGAAAACUGACAUCACUUUUGACAUCACUAAGGGAAAUUAUUGUGAGGAGGACCUCACGGUACUUCCAAUUGUUGGCCCAGGAGGCAUAGGGAAGACAACAUUAACACAGUAUAUAUAUAAUGAUGAUGAAGUUCAGAGCCAUUUUGAAGUUAAAUUGUGGGUAUGUGUAUCUGUCAAUUUCAAUGUGCACAGGUUGACACAAGAGAUUGCAGACAAACUCACAAAUGACAAAAAGGAUAGUCCAGAUAAGCAGAUAGAAGAACAAUUAAAAUCUAAAAGGUUUUUACUUGUCCUGGAUGAUAUGUGGGAUUGCAGUAAUGAGGAUGAGUGGAAAAGGUUUCUACUGCCUUUUAAGAAAGGACAAACAAAAGGUAGUGUAAUUCUAGUCACAACUCGGUUUCCUGCAUUAGCACAAAUGGUUAAAACAACUAGUCACUGGAAAGACCUGAAAGGUUUAGACUCUAAAUCAUUUAAGGAGUUAUUCAGAGCCUAUGCCUUUGGUGACAAGCAAUCAAUGGACGAUCAUAAUGAAUUACAAGAUACUGGAGAUAAGAUUGUCGAAAAACUAAAAGGCUCCCCCCUUGCUGCAAAAACUGUUGGAAGAUUAUUGAGAAACAACUUUGAUCUGGGUCAUUGGACUAGAGUUUUAGAAAGUAAAGAAUGGGAAUCACAGAAUGAGGUUUAUGAUAUCAUGCCAGCAUUGAAGCUUAGCUUCGACUAUCUCCCUUUCCAUCUGCAACAAUGUUUUACCUAUUGUGCAUUGUUUCCAGAAGACUAUAGAUUCAGUAGAGAAGAGCUAAUUCACUUUUGGAUAGGACUAGAUAUCGUGCAUUCACAUGGUGAAAAUAAGAGGAUUGAAGAUAUAGGAGGAAGCUAUUUGACAGAACUGGUUGGUCAUGGUUUUCUUAUAAAGGAAGAAGAUAGAUAUGGAUACACUCGUUAUGUCAUUCAUGAUCUACUACAUGAAUUAGGGCUAAAGGUUUCAGCAUAUGAAUGCCUUAGCAUAAACAGUUCAAAUGUGAGAUCCAUACAAAUACCCCAGUCAAUACGGCACUUGUCUAUCAACAUAGAUGACUCAAGUGUCAAGGACAAGAAUACUUUUGAUAUUUGUAAGGAAGAUUUUAGUGUAUUAGGAAAGAGAUUGAAAGUUGAGAACCUAAACUCUUUGAUGUUAUUUGGGGAGCACCAGGGUAGCUUUAUUAAGACUUUCCAUGGUUUGUUCCAUAAAGCAAAAGCCCUUCGUGUUAUUUUCAUAUCUGGAGGCAAUUAUAGGUUGGAGGAUUUAUUCCACAACUUUUUGAACCUUGUCCAUCUUCGAUACCUUCGGGUACACAAUGAUUGGUGCCGAGGACCUCAACCACCCAAGAACAUUUCAAGGUUUUACCACAUGAGGAUCCUAGACCUACAAGGAUGUGACACUUACAAUUGCAGUGAUUUAUCAAGACAUUGGAGCAACCUCUUAAAGUUGCGCCAUUUUCUUGUUCGAGAUAAUGGAAUGCAUGCAAGCAUUUUUGAGGUGGGACAAUUAAAAUUAUUACAAGAGUUAAGAAGAUUUGUGGUCAGAAAAGAAAUCAAGGGUUUUGAAUUGAGGCAGAUAGGACAUUUGCUAGAGCUUUGUGGAUCACUGAGUAUUGACAAUCUUGAAAAUGUUGAAGGAAGGGAAGAAGCAGAUGAAGCAAAGCUAAUGUACAAGAAACACUUGCACGAGUUACUAUUGGACUGGGAUGUUAAUCGAUCUAGCAAGGAUCCUGCACGUGAAGACCAAGUUCUUGAAGGCCUCAAGCCACAUAGCAAUCUGGUGAAGCUAAGCAUUAGAGGGCAUGGAGGUCCUACUUGCCCUUCAUGGCUAAGGCUAGGUCCGAACCUGUCGGUUAUGAAUUUGCAAUCUCUUUGUUUGGAUAGUGUAUCUUGGAAGAUAUUUCCUCCUAUAGGUCAGCUGCGGCUAGUCAAUGAGGAUGCUGAAGAAAUUUCGAGUAAUAAUAUCCUAGACCAACACUUCAAAAAUUUGAAAAGGAUAGAACUUAGAAAUUUGGCAAGGCUGAAAAGAUGGGUCAUCGGUGAAUUGUUGUCCCACUUGGAAGUACUCAUCAUUAUGCAUUGCCCAGAACUCGUGGAGCUGUCCUUUUCAAAUUCUAGUUGCAGUCCGAGAGUACUGCAGGAACUGAGGAUUGGGAACUGUCCGAAACUGUCGUCCUUGCCUCCCGUUCCUUGGGCCAGCGUUCAGUACUUAACAAGAGUUAGAUUGAUCUUUAUGCAUCUGGUGUACAAAAAUCAUGAUCGUUCAUUACGCUUGCACAAGAGUGGUGAGGAUAUGGCAUCAUCAUUCUGGACAGCCUUGGACUUUGACAAAUUAACCGGACUAAAGAAAUUGAACAUGAGUAACUGCCCUCCCCCGCCGCUCGAUGGCCUCCGAAAGUUGUCGUCAACUAUAAAUUCCCUCCAGAUAUCAGAUUGGAACGGGGUUACUAGUGGGAAGGAACUAACACAGGUGCUCUGUUGCCUACCGAAGCUCUCGAAGUUGAGUAUUAAUGAAUUUGGGAAGAUAACAGGGUUAGGUGUGGUGGGGCAGCUGAAGGAGGAAACAGACGAAGAAGCGUUGCUGCUCUUGCCUCCCCAACUACAGGUUCUGACUAUUAAUCGCUGCCCAGAGCUUAGCCUCCGUGCCGAAAAUGGAGGAGGCCUCCAAGCUCUGUCCUCUCUCCGUUCCUUGGAUAUUGCUGAUUGCCCCAAGUUCCUUGCCUGCUAUUUGCCGUCGUCGUCCUCUUCUUCUGGUUUCCCCUUCCCAACCUCCCUACAAUUCCUCAGUCUAGAAGCCCUGGAGAAACUGGCGCCCCUCUCAAACCUCGCCUCUCUCAUUGAUCUAUCAAUAAGUAGAUGCGGGGGCUCCGAAGGCGCGGGCUUGCGGUGUCUCCUCGCCCACGGCUGCCUCCGCAAAUUAUGUGUCUACGGAACUCCCAAUCUCUUCACCAUUGAAUGUUCGGAGGGCAACCCAGAGAUGCUUGAACAUGAACCCGCUCCCCUUUCCUCCAAACUGCAGUCGCUGGUGAUGGAUGACGUGGCAGGAGUCCUUGCGGCAUCCGUCUGCAAGCUCCUCUCUUCCUCCCUCACCACGAUAAUCCUUCACCGGAAUGAGGAGAUCGAGCGCUUCACAAAGGAGCAGGACGAGGCCCUUCAGCUCCUCACCUCCCUACAGGAACUCGACUUGUCAGGUUGCAUCAAGCUGCAGAGCCUCCCGGCGGGGCUACAGAGGCUGACAAACCUCAAGACGUUACGGAUCCCCGGCUCUCCAGCCCUCCACUCGCUGCAAAAGGGCAGCCUCCCUGAUUCCCUGCAACAAUUAGAGAUCGUGGGGGGGGACAUCCGGUCGCUGCCCAAGGACAGCCUUCCCAAUUCCCUGAGGAGAUUCGGAGUCUACUCCUGCUCAUCCCUCCGCUCGCUGCCCAAGGACGGCCUCCCUAAUUCCCUGGAAGCAUUAGAGAUCUCCGGCUGUCCAUCCCUCCGCUCGCUGCCCAAGGGCGGCCUCCCUAAUUCCCUGGAAGAAUUAAAGAUCUCCGGCUGUCCAUCCAUCCGGGGGCUCCCCAAGGGCGGCCUCCCAAGUUCACUGCAGUUAUUAGAUGUCGGGUGGGCCAACAGGGAGGAGCUAAGAAGGCAGUGUCGCACGCUGAUAGGAACCAUUCCAAUAGUCGAAGUCUGACUAAUUAAUCAAGGUCUCUUGUUCAAAUGUACAUUCUUCUAACCUCUUAGGAUUCGCUUUCUAUCGGUUGAUAGUUCUAUUCCGAGCUGUCAAGUAUGAGCAUCUUCUCACCAUGUGCCCUUCCACGCUAGCUGUACAUAAAUUGAGGGAUCUUCUUGGAACUGUACAUUCUUGUAGGCUUAUAGGAACCUCUGUUUAUCAGCCAUUUAUACCUCAACAUGUAUCUCCCACCAUGUAGAUAAAACUGAUAUAUGAAUUAAGCCAGUUUAAGUGAACGCUUCUCCGCUUGUAUAAUCUUCUUGAAACACUUGCCUGUUGCCUUGGGAACGAUCUGCCCUUCAUACAUGAUAACUAAUAUUCUGCCUUUCUUUCAAUAUGGCUGACUAAUGGCGUAUAAUGUAGCAUAUACGGGUAAGCGCCAUUGGGUUCUCUUAACAGAACAGAAUUUUGCUCCAAUUGGAUUGUACUAAUGCAAAGUGAUUGCCCUUUCCUAGCUCCUACCACCGCUUGCCAUUACUUUCCUAACAUUGUCACUGUCAAGGUCAUAAUAUUCACUUGUUUUGACCUGUUGUGCAGGGUUCUUCAAACUGUACAUCUUCUAGCCUCAAAAUAUUCUUGACAUACUCACGCACUGUUAUAUGUCUCCAAGUUCGAGACUCAACUGUAGCAAUCUCAACAUAUAACUUCCAUCCUGUACAUAAGGCUGAACCGCAGUCCAGAGGGUGCCGAAGCACAACAGGGGAAGAAAGAAAAGCAGAGCAAACUACCAAGGGAGCUCUGAGAGAGCUAGGAGAAAAGGAAACAACUAGAGCCGAACACUAUCUACCCAGCUAAGAAAAUCUUGUUUUUUCCCAUCCUUGAUUCUGUGAGCUUGAAGUCUUGCCUCAUCUAUAAAUUUUGAUGUCCAGUCUCUAAUUGUUGGUCUUAUUCCUUCAAAGAUGAGGUUGUUCCUUUGUUUCCAAAUGUGCCAAGCAGCUAUUAUGAACACUUCCAUAAAGAACCAAUGCUGAAAAUCCUGUUGGGCUCUCUUUAUCAUUUGAAAGAAAUGAAGAUUUUCCCUCCAUUCUAUGCCUAUUUUUUGCCAGCAGGAUCUGCUGACGGUGCAUGAGAAGAAGAGAUGGAAAGCUUUCUCUUCCAUGUUGUCAUUGCAUAGGACACAGUUAUAGUUACUGCCUUCUAUAUUAAAGUUUCUCCUUUUGAGCAAGUUCCUAGUGUUUAGUCUGUCCAUAUGCAAUAGCCAUGAGAAAGUCCUGAGUUUGUUGCUGCAUCUUGAUUUCCAAAUCCAUAGAAAUGGUGAUGGGGGUCUGAUGCUCUUGAAAGGGAGACCGUAGAACUGCUUUGAUGAAUAUCUGUUGGAGCCCCAAACAUAUUGCGAACAAUCUGGUUCAUUUUCCUGAACUUGUAAUCCUUGAAUAAUUGUUUGUAAAUCCUGCCAUUCUUGAAAGGCCUCAGCUGAGAGGGGAAUAUGGAACUGCUCUUGUAUAUCAGGAUUUUGGAGGAAUUUGGCCACUGAAAUGUUCUUGUUUUUUGCAAAACUGUAUAGUCUUGGAAAGGAUUCUUUCAACAAUCUGUUGUUCCAUGUAUCUUCCCGGAAAAGAACACUUUGACCAUCACCCAUAGUACAAGUAGCCACUUCAAUUGACAUAUUGUUUCACUUCCAUUUGUUGCUUCGGUUAUUUGAGCAUCCUGGAAAAUUACUUUCUGCCUUUGUAAUGCCUCAAUAAAUUGGUUAUUCCUUUUCAUGCACUAGUGAAUUACUUGUUAAUUCUGAACUCUGAGAUUCUAAUUUCUGUGCGCAGCAAAUGACUAGCUUGUUGCUUGGAUAUGGUGCUUAUAUGCUACUUGGCUGCACUUCUUAUUGUGGACCACGGUUCUUCCUUCGGUAUAUAGCGGACCUUAAGUCGAUAAUCUUCUGUAGAGCAGCACUAAGUACAAAGACAGGGGCUAGCACUAAGAACACCGAAAGAUGCUCAACUAACUUUUCCCAUCUGUGUUGAAGAAAACCCAUUUUCCAUACUUGUACGGAUCUACGCCAACAACACAAGAUUCAUGUCAGUGUAUCAGAAAUCAAAUUUAAAUUUCAGGGUAAAAGUAAGGACCCUAGAGUAACUGACCUCAGUUGGUUGAGGUGUGGAUAUACACCUGGAACAUCCCGUCCAAGUUUGAGUCCUUGUCAAGACAAAUGGGUAUUUAUUCUUCUUAAUACAAUGCCAGUUAGUCCUGCAUAGUUUUGCAGCUCAUCUCUUUGGAAGAUUUCUUUGGAAGAUUUGUGUGGAAGCAGAGCAUAUAUAAGUUGGCAAAAUGCUGUCCUGUGUUCCUGCUUCCUGCUUCUCAAUGACUUGGUUGUAUCAUUGGCAGUCAGGCCCUACUCGUCUUUUUAUUCAAAAAAAAGGCCUUACUUGUCCUAUGAUCUACCUGCUGAGCAGAAGAUGUUGUGCAUUUGCACAAGUCGCCAUCCUAAGCAACUUUGAACUGAAUGCUCCUUCAGAAUGCCCUCUUCUAGUUCAUCAGAGUCGGCGCACAUGCAUCUGCUGAAUGCUGAUCCUCACGCUUGUAGAUACUCAUGACAUGGAUAUGAGGAAUUCAUGCCGAUGCUUCUCGUGAAGAUCACAAUCAUCAUCACAAGAAAUGACUUGUGAUCAUCUGACUUGAGGCUGAACAAGAUUUCUUGCAUCUCCCUGGUUCUUCAAGGAUGCAUGGACCAAAUCAGGUGGAAGCAUAGAGGUUUGCAGAGAAAGCUUGCUCCUAUUAAGAUUCUGACAGUUAAAUAGGCCAGUGCUUGGUUUAAUAGUUCUAAUGACCAUCGAGCGUCAAAAGGACGACAAAUUUUGGGGGUGAUGUUACUGGUGUAGAAUAGCAACUCCCCAGUUGAAUGUUGAAGAGAGUGACCUUUAUCUCAUUGGCACCAUCUUUAAGUCAUCGAUCAGCCAUUUCAACGGCUCCUGGAGUUGAGCAGUUAAAAUGCAUGUAAAGUGGUGUGUCCAAUGAUCAAACUAUGGAUGAGGUGUCAAAGAAAUAAGGAGAGAUGGGAAAUCCUUUCACGCUGGCUUAUUGGUCCAGGACUCUGAAAAGCCAACUGAAAUUGUGCGCACAUGUGGGAGAGAUCAAAAUAAGAUCUCGACAAGUCGACAAUACGCUUCUGUUGUGCAAGCAAGAAGCAAAGCAACCGAUUGGGAGGGAACACAACAUGGCAAAAGCAAGAAGCUGGAGGUGCUGGAUGUCGUUGUGUGCACGAUGAAAUGAGAUAGACAGAGUACUCGAUGUUUGGUGAAAUUAAUAAGCAGUGGUAACCUCAGCUCUGAAAUUUCUGUUCUAUGAGUUGUGAACGGCACUUUAUGCUUUCUUGCAAUUAAGGAGUAGUAAACUGAACUCUGUACUUCAAUUAUAUCCUUGCGGAAGUGUGCACUCAUUCUUACAGUCUUUUAUUAUCUGCCAGAUGGUGUCUAUAUUUCUUCA